AUGGACUCGGAGCGAGAGCAGUCGGUGCCUCAGCCGGAAGAGCCCGUCAACUCCAUCGAAGGUGAUAUCAGUGACGAGCAAUGGAAGGCCAUGAUGGAUAUCACCAGCGCGAUCUACGAUUAUCGAGAGGCGGAUGGUUAUGACCCAUCGCGAUUGUUCCAUCGCAGCGUCAACAAGCGCCUCGUCCCGGAUUACUAUGACAUUAUCAAGGAGCCUAUGGCGCUUAGUAUCCUCAAGCAAAGAAUCAACAAGCGCGAGUACAAGCAAUUUUCGGAAUUUGUGCGCGACUGCGCUUUGAUCUCCCACAACGCGCAAACCUACAACCGCCCCAAGUCGCAAGCUUAUGAAGAUGCACUCGUGAUUAAGGAUGUCUUUCUGUCGGAACUCAAAAAAGCUGCGGCAAAGGGCGUGAUCAGCGAAGAUGAAGCUGCGUUUCCGGACCUGGGCGAGAUUCCAGAGGCGGAUCCUCUGCCAGACGACGACGAGGAGGAAGAGGAGGAAGAGGAUGACGACGAAGACGAUUCUGACGAUGAAGGCCGACGGAGGAAGAAGCCAGGCCCGAAGCCAGGUGUUAAGCGUGGACCGAAGGAUUCCCAGAAGAAUGAACCCGACCUCCGAAAGAAACGUGGACGUCCCCCGCGAGUCGAUACGCCGAUGGAAACUCGAAUCAAAACCAUUCUCAAGGGCAUUCGGAAGUUCAAGAGCGAUGAUGGCCUUCUGAAAAUCGGCCAUUUCGAGAGACUUCCCGACAAGGCUGCUUAUCCGGACUACUAUAUGGAGAUCAAAGAUCCAAUUGCGAUCGAUAUCAUCAAACGCAAGUCGAAGCGCAAGAAGUAUAACUCUGUGGACCACUUCAUGCGAGACUUGGAUCUCAUGUUCAAUAAUGCCAAGGAGUACAACCAGUCCGAUAGUCAGAUCUAUCGAGAUGCAGUGGAUCUGCAAAACGAAUCUCGAAAACUGGCUGAGCAAGAGAAGAAGAAGCCCGACAGUGAGUAUCUUAUGGAAGAUGGCCGAUUCCCUCUGCCAGACGGCAUCUUGCACCGAGGCGAGCUUUGGAAGGUUGGAGACUGGGUCCAUAUUCAAAACACGAAUGAUGUGUCUAAGCCCAUCGUUGCGCAAAUUUAUCGGACCUGGCAAGAUAACGAGGGUGAGAAAUGGAUCAAUGCUUGCUGGUACUAUCGUCCUGAACAGACGGUGCAUCACUUCGAAAAGCACUUCUAUCCGAACGAAGUGGUGAAGACUGGCCAAUACCGCGAUCACAGAAUUGAUGAGAUUGUUGAUCGUUGCUUUGUUAUGUUCUUCACGCGGUAUAGCCGUGGACGUCCUCGAGAUCUGGCUCCUGACAAAGAAAUCUACGUUUGCGAGGCAAGAUACAAUGAAGAGAAACACAAGCUGAACAAGAUCAAGACUUGGGCUAGUUGCUUGCCUGAUGAAGUCCGUGAAAAGGAUUACGAGAUGGAUCUCUUCGAUGUGCCUCGAAAGAUCAGAAAGGUUCCUAGCCCAAUCAAGCAUCUUUUGAAAGAAGAUGCAAAGGAGACCGACGAUCUCCCACGACCGAGCUGGGGUGCAGACAAUGCGCCGCCCGUUGUGGGUGCUGUUCACUGUCGUCCGCGCGAUGAGAAUGAAUCUCCGCCGCCGGAGCCCACACCAUCCCCGCCACCUCCUUCUCUGCCGCCAGCCCCUAUGCCUUCUGCUACACCUCGGCAGUCCAUGCAACAUCCCCUUCCAGGUGCUGCCAUGGGCGGGCCAGGAAAUAUCCCGCCUCCUCAUUUCCAGGCUGUCUCUCCCGCAGACCCAGUGGUUGCACCUCCAUCAGCUGUCCCGAUGCCACCGGCCGCUUAUCAAAGCCCGAUGAACCCGCAAAUGUAUCAAGGCGCUACCCAGCGUCGACCGAGCAACUUCGCCCCGCAAACUCCAGCUGGGUUCUAUCAAGCAUCCCCGGCAACACAUCCAUAUUCUGCCGCGCAACCAUCCCCCUAUGGCCCCUACCCCGCCAACCGCGUUCCUCCCGGGGCUAUGCAAAACCCCAACGCGCCGCGCCCAAUUGAAGUCUAUCAUCUUAGCGAAGCGGCCAACGCAGCCAUCCCGGCCGAUAUUCGAGAGCAGUUUCACUGUGAUGAUAAAGGCCAUGUGCUCUUUUUCUCCACCCCGCCCCUGGAUAUCGUCCCGCCAAUGGAGUCAAACCUCUGCCACUCCCUCAAGUACUUGGCCUCUAAAGAAGAGCGUCGAAAGAAGGUUGCAGAACGCAAGCGAAAGCGCGAAGAGGAGCGAAAAGAGCGCGACGAGGAAGCCAAAAGACAGCGUGCUGAUGAGGAAACAGCUCUGGCAGCUCGCAUCGACGCCCUUGCUCCUAAAGCCAUUGAAUACAUGGUGAAAGAAAUGACUAAGGGCACGGACCAGCUUUACAGAGUGCUUUACGAGGACCAGGCAGACAGUGCUCGAGCUGCUGAUAACAAAGCACGUGAUAGUCGAAUUCUUGCCGAUCGCGCGACGCACGAACAUACAGCUCAGAUCCAAGCACAGUCGAAAAACCAGGGGUUUGUGAAUCUCAAGGGCGACGCCAUGUAUCUGGGUGGAAACUCCCCGCAGGCAUAA